AUGCACUCCUUGUUCGACUUUGGCUUGGACGGGGACCUGCACCUCCCCGAGGUCACCAUUCUCGUGAGAACGGCCCUUAUCGCCUGCGCAAAGCUUGAUUCUAGGGUGACGACUCCGUCGACAGAGGCAAUAGAGGGGCUUUGUCGAACGGCCUUCAACCAGGCCGGCCUUGACGACGAGGGCGCGCUGGCAAAGCAUCUGUUCGAAUCUUUUGUGUCCAGCGACUCGCAGAUGACGGCCUUCCUUCAGCUAUGGUCAGACAGCAUAAGCCAGGCGGCCGUAACGGAGGGAACUCUUUGGGAAGACCCCGACUUUCCGGCCGACCCAAGUGCUCUUAGCCUCGUGGCUGGAACAGUGCCGCCGGGUAUACCUCCUGGAGAGGCAGUGCGAUGGUUGCGACCGUCGGAAGUUGCGGGAGGCGAGGCGGUGCUUUUUGUCGGGGACGUACCUGGGGACGGUCCCAUGGUACCAGGGCAGUUGGCCGACCAGUGGCUGCUGUCGGCGAUAGGCAUCCUCACCGGACGCCCGCAGCUGCUGAGAUCGCUGUUCGUGCCCACGGGGCAAGAGGCGCUCGGUCGCUACUGUGUCCGCCUCUUCAAGGAGGCCAACUGGAUCAACGUCUUCGUCGACACCCGCAUCGCGUGCAACGCUUUGGGAGAUCCUCUCUUCUGCCGCGGGGAAGAGAGGCACGAGCUGUGGGGUUUCCUGCUAGAGAAAGCUUACGCCAAAGCUCACGGCUGCUACGAGAACCUCAUGCACGGAGACACGCGCGAAGCGCUCCGAGACCUGACGGGGGGAGUCUCCGAGAAACUCCAGUGGCAGCUGGGCGGGCGGCCUGGUGCUGCCGGUGCUUCGGCCGCGACGCCAGGCCAGGCGGCGCCGGGGCAGCAGCAGGAGAUCCCGCGCCCACGAAUUGCCGGGUGGGGCAUUCUGGCGGGCACGACACCGCCGUUGGGCUGGGUUUUCGAGAAUAUCAGGAACAGGCUUUCGGAUGGGCAGGUUCUCGGUUGCAGCCGCCAGGCUUGGGUACGAUGUCCAUGGGGCAUCGGUGACCAGCAGGAGGCCGCGGACGGUGGUAUGCUCUUCCCGCCUUCGAACAGGGUGAUGAAGGGUCUUUGCUCUGGAGUUUCGUACUGCGUCCUGGAGGCGUUCGAGAAGGGCGGCACGCGUCUUCUGCGCUUGCGGGACCCUUGGGCAGCUCGACAGCGAGGCGCGGAACCCGGCGAGUACCUCGGAGACUGGGGCCCGUCGUCGCGGCAGUGGUCCGCGCCCGCCCUGGCCUCGGAGCUUCUCCCCAGAACGCUCCGCGGAAUGUUCUGGAUGGAGAUGGGAGACUUUCUCAGAUUCACCGAAGGCAAAGGGUGGCUACAAGGAACUCAAGUCUUUCUGGAGAUCGGGCCCCGCGACAGCAGCAUUCACAACAGCAGCGGCGGCACUACCACCAGCAGCGGUCUCGGCAGCACCACCGCGACAGGCGCGGUCGCGCCGUCAUCCGGAACGCCGAAAAGUGCCCACAACAAGGACGACACAGCUCAAGUGCUAAUCACAGACGAAACAAAAAACCUCACCCGACCUUUCGUGCCUCGACGAGACGUUUCUUGCCGCCUCGCGCUCCCGCAAGGGCAGUACGUCAUCGUGGCGACGUCGCUCGAGGCUGGGGUAGCGGGACGGUUCUGGGUGCACGUGAAGGCUGAUCGCGACUUUGCUCUUCAGCCCAGCUUCCCCGGGUCGGCGAACGCCGGCUCCAAUGCCGGCAGCUGCGGAAUAAAAGCGAGGGAGGUCGGCAUGUCUGUGGAAAUAGCCUACAACGAGGUCGAAGAAAACGCAGAGGGCAACGGCUUGACCGCCGACGCAGAAAGCCUUGGGGGACUACUGACGACGGCGCAGGAGCUGGUCGCGAGGAAAGCAGCGGCCGAGCACCAGCACCAAAUAAUGUUGCAAGAGCAGGCGGAGCGAAAGGAGAAUCAAGAUACAGUCCGAGACGCAGAUACUAUCGUUGCCGAGGACGGCGUCACCUGUACCGCGACCGAUGUCAAUAUCGACGAUGAUGAGAAGAGUCUUGUCGUUGGCCGUCACGAUGGAGAUUAA